AUGGUUUACAUCCGGCAACAUGAGUUGGCAAAUCUCAAGAACUACAAAUAUGCUGGAGUCGAUCAUUCGCCCGUGAGCCGGUUUAUCCUCAAGCCCUUCUACAACAAAUUUGUGAUUCACUGCUUUCCCAUGAGCAUGGCACCCAAUGCCAUUACGCUCACCGGAUUUAUGUUCGUGGUAACUAAUUUCCUCACGGUUAUGUGGUACAACCCGAACUUGGACACGGACUGCCCGCCUUGGGUCUAUGCCAGUUGCGCCAUUGGCUUGUUCCUGUACCAGACUUUUGAUGCCGUAGAUGGCAUGCAGGCGCUGCGCCGUAGACGGAGAACUAGGCAAAGUGGUCCGCUGGGCGAGCUCUUUGAUCACAGUGUCGACGCAUGCAACACUGGUCUCGGCGUAUUGAUCUUCGCGGCCGCAAUGAACAUGGGACAGUCCUGGAUGACCUUCCUCGCUCUAUUCGGCUCCACCAUGACGUUCUACGUGUCAACAUGGGAUGAAUACUACACCCAGGUCCUCACAUUGGGCGUGAUCUCUGGUCCUGUUGAGGGCAUCUUGACCCUUUGCACUGUCUACGCGAUCACCGCCUACAUGGGUGGCGGCAGCUUCUGGCACCAGCCCAUGCUGGAGACCAUCGGUGUUUCAAAGCCAAGCUUCCUCUCGAGCCAAGUGUACAACAUGCCGUUUACACAGUGGUACCUGGUAUAUGGCGCGAUUAUGCUCUGCUUCGCGAUUGGCUCGAGCAUCAUGCACGUCGUCCAAGUGCGUCGCGCGCGAGGCCAGGACCCAAUCGCGCCGCUCUAUGGUCUCCUGCCCCUGGUUGCGAUUUGGACUCUCACCCCCGCCUACCUGUAUCUGCAGCCGGCGAUUUUGGAGAACUAUACCAUUCCCUUCGGGCUGUUUGUCAGUCUUGUCAAUGCUUACUCCGUCGGGCGCAUCAUCAUCGGCCACCUCACUCAAACGAGCUUCCCCUACCAGAACGUCCUGCUAUAUCCGCUCGCUCUAGCUGUCUUGGACAGCGCAGGAGCCCUUCUCGAUUUGUGGUCUGCCCCCGUGCUUGGAUAUGGUGUUGGCCAAGUCGCAUUUGUGUUCGUGUGCCUCGGUCUGGGUGUUGGAGUAUACGGUAGCUUCGUGUAUGACAUUAUCACCACGAUCUGUGACUACAUCGACAUCUGGUGUCUCACAAUCAAGUACCCGUUCGUCGAGGAGACCGAGCGCAAGAACGGCGUGUUGAAGAAGACCAUAUGA